UUACUUUAUCCUUUGCCUUGUAGCCUCCUUAAAAAAACAAAUUCAUGUCAUUUUACGUUGUCUUCUAACAACAGGUUGCUCUCCUUCACUUGUGACUUUGAUAUUUUCAGGCCAUCUUGUGACAGUCACAGCUUUAAGGACAUUCAUUCCCAGUCUGCGAAGCCUAACCAACCGGAAGCGCGGAUUGAUUUCUCUGUGGCAAGCAAGGACGGCUAAAAAAAAAAAAAAAAAAAAAAUCAAAGGAGCGCUUAUUAAAUGAUAAUCCAUCAACCCUCGAACGGGAAUUCACAAAAGGAGACAAGCGUUUAAACCUCAAGUUGACAAGCUAUCCGCUUAAAUAGAGGAUUAUUCUUUCGGAUAUGGGAUCUACCUUCAGGGUCCCCACCUGCUGGGCACCGUAAUGGUGCUCCCUGCCCCAGCUGAGCCCCUCGCUGCCCUCUGAAGGAGCAGGAUGACAAGAUGGCACAGCUGCUUGUACCGCCCGGACCUGACAGCUUCUGCCCCUUCGUCCCCGAGUCGUUGGCCGCCAUCGAGAGGCGAAUCGCCGAGGAGGAGGCCCGGAGACCGCGGUCGGAGCGCCGCAACGACAGCGACGAUGAAAAUGGGCCCAAGCCCAACAGUGACCUGGAGGCGGGGAAGUCUCUCCCCUUCAUCUACGGGGACAUCCCUCCCCAUUUGGUGUCCACCCCUCUGGAGGACAUUGACCCCUACUACAGCAAUCAGAAGACCUUCAUAGUAUUGAAUCGUGGGAAGACAAUCUUCCGUUUCAACGCCAAUCCUGCCUUGUACAUGAUAAGCUCCUUCAACCCUGUAAGGAGGAUAGCUAUUAGAGUUUUAGUACAUUCGAUGUUCAGCAUGUUGAUCAUGUUCACCAUCCUGACCAACUGUGCUUUCAUGACCCUGAGUAAUCCCCCAGAAUGGGCCAAGAAUGUAGAGUACACAUUCACAGGGAUUUACACCUUCGAGUCCCUUAUAAAGAUCCUGGCCAGGGGCUUCUGUGUGGGGAAGUUCACUUUCCUGCGGGACCCGUGGAACUGGCUGGAUUUCAGUGUUAUCCUCAUGGCGUAUAUAACAGAGUUUGUAAACCUAGGCAAUGUUUCAGCUCUGCGCACGUUCAGAGUAUUGCGAGCUUUGAAAACUAUCUCAGUAAUACCAGGCUUGAAGACCAUUGUUGGCGCACUGAUCCAGUCGGUAAAAAAGCUGUCGGACGUCAUGAUCCUCACUGUGUUCUGCCUCAGCGUAUUCGCCCUCAUCGGCUUGCAGCUCUUCAUGGGCAACCUGAGGCAAAAGUGCGUGCGAAUCGUCAGCAACAGCAGCAACAUCACGACUGACGACGCAAUGUUUUUCAACAACACCCCGCUGGAAAUCAACACCACGUUUCUGCAGAACACCGAAGAGAACUCCUUCAACUGGACAGAGUACAUCAGUGACGAGAGUAAUCACUAUUUCCUCCCUGGCAGCAGGGAUGCUCUGCUCUGUGGAAAUGGCAGUGGUGCUGGGCUCUGUCCAGAGGGUUUUAUAUGUGUCAAAGCCGGCCGUAAUCCAAACUAUGGCUACACCAGCUUCGACACCUUCAGCUGGGCAUUCCUCUCCCUGUUCCGACUCAUGACCCAGGACUACUGGGAAAACCUCUACCAGCAGACAUUACGCGCGGCGGGAAAACCUUACAUGGUCUUCUUCGUGCUGGUGAUCUUCCUGGGCUCCUUUUACCUGGUCAACCUGAUCUUGGCCGUGGUUGCCAUGGCUUAUGACGAGCAGAACCAGGCGACCAUCGAGGAGGCUCAGCAGAAGGAGGAGGAGUUCCAGGCCAUGCUGGAGCAGCUCAAGAGACAGCAGGAGGAGGCACAGGUUGCCGCGGCAGCAGCCACGGAGAGCGGAGAGUACAGCGGGAGAGGGGGGCUCACCUCUGAGUCCUCCUCAGGGACGUCUAAGCUCAGCUCGAAAAGUGCCAAGGAGCGACGCAACAGGCGGAAGAAGAGGAAGCAGAGGGAGGAAGAGGAGGAGAGGGGGGCCCAUGACAAGUUCCACAAGUCUGAGUCCGAGGACAGCAUCAAGAGAUCCAGCUUCCGUUUCUCCAUUGAUGCCAACAGACUGUCUUAUGAGAAGAGAUGCUCCUCACCCAAUCAGUCUCUCCUCAGUAUUCGUGGAUCCAUCUUCUCACCUCGGAGGAACAGCCGUGCCAGCCUGUUCAGCUUCCGCGGCCGGGCUCGUGACAUGGGCUCCGAGAAUGAUUUCGCUGAUGACGAGCACAGCACCUUUGAGGAAAGUGACAGCCGCCGGGGCUCCCUGUUCUUGCCGCGCCGCAUCGAGCGCCGUUGCAGCACCGUCAGCCAGACCAGCCUCGGGGCGCCACGGGUCAUACUGCCCGCCAACGGCAAGAUGCACUGCGCAGUAGACUGCAAUGGUGUGGUGUCACUGGUCGGUGGAACUUCUGUAACAACCUCCCCUGUAGGUCUCCUGCUGCCUGAGGGGACAACAACAGAUACUGAUCUUAAGAAACGGCGGUCAGGUUUUCACCAGCCAUCUGUGGAUUAUUUAGCUGAACCAGGGGGCAGGCAGAGAGCCAUGAGUGUGGCCAGCAUCCUCACCAACACCAUGGAAGAGCUUGAAGAGUCACGACAGAAAUGCCCCCCCUGCUGGUACAGAUUUGCCAACACUGCUCUGAUAUGGGAUUGUUGCCCAGCAUGGCUGAAAAUCAAGGCAGUUGUCAGCACAGUGGUCAUGGACCCAUUUGUGGAUCUGGCCAUCACAAUUUGCAUUGUCCUCAACACCCUUUUUAUGGCCAUGGAGCAUUAUCCCAUGACUACAGAAUUUGAUAACGUCCUCUCUGUUGGAAACCUGGUGUUCACAGGCAUCUUUACAGCAGAGAUGUGCUUCAAGAUCAUCGCCCUGGAUCCCUAUUACUACUUCCAGGAGGGUUGGAACAUCUUUGACGGCAUCAUUGUUAGUCUGAGUCUGAUGGAGCUUGGCUUGGCCAACGUAGAAGGCCUGUCUGUUCUCAGGUCCUUUAGAUUGCUGAGGGUUUUCAAACUGGCUAAGUCAUGGCCCACUUUGAACAUGCUGAUCAAGAUCAUUGGUAACUCCGUGGGUGCUCUAGGGAACUUGACUCUGGUGCUGGCCAUCAUCGUCUUCAUCUUUGCCGUGGUGGGCAUGCAGCUGUUUGGCAAGAGCUACAAGGAGUGCGUGUGUAAGAUUUCUGAUGACUGCCAGCUGCCCCGCUGGCACAUGCACGAUUUCUUCCACUCCUUCCUCAUUGUGUUUCGGGUGCUGUGUGGAGAAUGGAUAGAGACCAUGUGGGACUGCAUGGAGGUGGCUGGACAGACCAUGUGCCUGAUCGUCUUCAUGAUGGUCAUGGUCAUUGGAAACCUUGUGGUUCUCAACCUGUUCCUGGCUCUCCUCCUGAGCUCAUUCAGCGCUGACAACCUUGCGGCAACCGACGACGACAGUGAGAUGAACAACUUGCAGAUUGCUGUGGGCCGGAUCCAGCGGGGCAUCGCAUUUGUCAAAGCUACAGUGCGGCAGUUCUUCCAGAGCCUCUGCUUUGGAGGGAGUGGUAAGGGCUCUGGACUGGCUGAAGAGAGCAAACCUCUGGAUGAACUGCAUAGCAAUGGCAAGGGCAACUGCAUCUCCAACCACACUUCAGUGGAGAUAACCAAAGAACCCAGUGGGGUGUACAUGAAGGAGGGCAAUGGACGGCCAGGAGGAGGGCUGGUGGUCGGGGUUGGUGGGAACACCACAGAGAAGUACCCAAUGGAGGAAUGCGACUACAUGUCAUUUAUUCAUAACCCCAGCCUGACAGUCACGGUGCCCAUCGCUGUGGGCGAGUCAGACUUUGAGAACCUAAACACAGAAGAUUUCAGCAGUGACUCGUCAGAUGUGGAGGGCAGCAAAGAGGCACUGCAGUGUAACUUUGCACUCUCAUCUUCUUCCUCGUCCAUGCAGAAGCUCGAUGCACAGCCCCACCCUCUGAGCUCAUCGGAGGGGAGCACAGUUGAUAUUCGCCCCCCAGUAGAUGGGGUGGAUUCAGUGGAGCUGGAGCCGGAGGAGUCACUGGACCCAGAGGCCUGCUUCACAGAGGGCUGUGUGAGCAGGUUCCAGUGCUGCCAGAUCAACGAAGAGGGAGGCAAGUAUAAGAGCUGGUGGACACUCAGGAAAACCUGCUUUAUCAUAGUGGAGCACAACUGGUUUGAAUCCUUCAUCAUAUUCAUGAUCCUGCUCAGCAGUGGAGCACUGGCAUUUGAGGAUGUUUACAUCGAGCAGCGAAGGACCAUCAAAACAAUGCUGGAGUACGCAGACAAGGUCUUCACUUACAUAUUCAUCCUGGAAAUGCUGUUGAAGUGGGUGGCAUACGGCUUUGUCAAGUACUUCACCAACGCCUGGUGCUGGCUCGACUUCCUCAUUGUAGACGUGUCCCUGGUCAGCCUUGUAGCCAAUGCUCUGGGCUACUCUGAGCUUACCGCCAUCAAAUCUCUGAGGACACUCCGAGCCCUUCGGCCCCUUAGGGCCCUAUCUCGGUUUGAGGGCAUGAGGGUUGUGGUGAACGCGCUGCUCGGGGCCAUCCCCUCCAUCAUGAACGUGCUGUUGGUCUGCCUCAUCUUCUGGUUGAUCUUCAGCAUCAUGGGCGUCAACCUGUUUGCUGGGAAGUACUAUCACUGCAUCAACACCACCACAGACGAGAUCUUCCCCAUAGAAGUAGUCAACAACAAGACUGACUGCCUGAAUUUAGUCAACGACAGCGCCCGCUGGAAGAAUGUCAAAAUCAACUUUGACAAUGUUGGGGCCGGCUAUCUGGCUCUACUGCAAGUGGCAACAUUUAAGGGUUGGAUGGACAUCAUGUAUGCAGCUGUGGACUCUCGAGGUUUGGAAGACCAGCCUAAAUAUGAAGUGAACCUGUACAUGUACCUCUACUUUGUCAUCUUCAUCAUCUUCGGCUCCUUCUUCACCCUCAACCUGUUCAUUGGUGUCAUCAUCGACAACUUCAACCAGCAGAAGAAGAAGUUUGGAGGUCAGGACAUCUUCAUGACAGAAGAACAGAAGAAAUAUUACAAUGCCAUGAAGAAGCUGGGUUCCAAGAAACCGCAGAAACCUAUACCUCGGCCAACAAAUGCAUUUCAAGGCUUCGUGUUUGACUGCAUCACAAAGCAGGCCUUCGACAUCGUGAUCAUGAUCCUCAUCUGCCUUAACAUGGUGACCAUGAUGGUGGAGACGGACGACCAGACGCCGGAGAUGGACAAAAUCCUCUACUGGAUCAACCUGGUCUUCAUCGUGCUCUUCACCGGGGAGUGUGCGCUUAAGAUGAUCUCUCUGCGUCACUAUUACUUCACCAUUGGCUGGAAUAUAUUUGACUUUGUGGUGGUAAUCCUGUCCAUUGUAGGUAUGUUUUUAUCGGAGGUUAUCGAGAAGUACUUUGUGUCCCCGACGCUGUUCCGAGUGAUCCGUCUGGCCAGGAUCGGCCGCAUCCUCCGCCUUAUCAAAGGUGCCAAAGGCAUCCGGACGCUUCUCUUUGCCUUGAUGAUGUCACUCCCUGCUCUGUUCAACAUCGGCCUCCUCCUCUUCCUGGUCAUGUUCAUCUACGCCAUCUUUGGCAUGUCCAACUUUGCCUACGUCAAGCGAGAGUCAGGAAUCGAUGACAUGUUCAAUUUCGAGACCUUCGGGAACAGUAUGAUCUGUUUGUUUCAGAUUACCACCUCAGCCGGGUGGGACGGCCUGCUGGCACCCAUACUGAACAAGAGGGAGCCCGACUGUGACAGCCAAAUGGAGCACCCGGGCAACUACUACAAAGGUAACUGUGGCAACCCAUCAGUGGGCAUCUUUUUCUUUGUCAGCUACAUCAUCAUCUGCUUCCUCAUUGUGGUCAACAUGUACAUCGCCGUCAUCCUGGAGAACUUCAGCGUGGCCACAGAGGAGAGCGCCGAGCCUCUGAGCGAAGAUGACUUUGAGAUGUUCUAUGAAGUGUGGGAGCGCUUUGAUCCCGACGCCACUCAGUUCAUGGAGUACAGCAAGCUCUCUGACUUUGCAGAUGCUCUAGAUCCGCCGUUGCGCAUGCCCAAGCCUAAUAUGACCCAGCUCAUCUCCAUGGACCUGCCAAUGGUGAGUGGCGAGCGCAUCCACUGCCUCGACAUCCUGUUCGCCUUCACCAAGCGAGUGUUGGGUGAGGGCGGCGAGAUGGAUGUGUUACGCGGGCAGAUGGAGGAGCGCUUCAUGGCCUCUAACCCCUCUAAGGUGUCUUACGAGCCCAUCACCACCACCCUCCGCCGCAAACAGGAGGACAUGUCGGCCGUAAUCAUCCAGAGAGCCUUCCGCCGCUACAUGAUCCGCCUGGCCAUGAAGAAGGCCUCCGCCCUGUACAAGGAGCGGCUGAAGGAGGGCCUCCGCGACCCUGACAAGGACGUGAUGGUCAUCAGCAAGUUCAAUGAGAACUCCACAUCGGAAAAAACGGACAUGACGCCCUCCACUGCCUCCCCGCCCUCCUACAACAGUGUGACAAAAUCGGACAAGGACAAAUACGAGAAAGAAAAUAGGGAAAAAGAAAACAAAGGGAAAGACUCGAAAGACCGAAAGAAAUAGACUUUUUGAAAAGGAACAACAAAUAAAUGCAUUAGAGACAUGAGGGAAAUUUGUUUACAGCUUCUAAAGGGGGUAGAUAGGUACGUUUGUGUGCCGAUUGUUAGAGAUAAUGAAUGCCCGGUAGGUCUAAAGUGGGAGAACGGUUAUGUCACAAAUGAAUACAUGGGGUCUUCUCAGAGGGGAAAUAUGGAAACAAAUGAUCCAGCAGACACUGCCAGAGAUUUACUGAAAUGUGGAAAAGCCUCUCUGCAAAACGCUUGUGAUUUUCCUAUUGGUUGUUGUUACUAUCUGACACACUUGAGUGUACUGUUAAGUUGUCUGUAGCUAGUGCUGCUGCUACUACUAUAAAUCCAGUGUCUUGAAUUUAACAAUCGCUGUAUCACUUAACAAGUACUCUGCAUUAUUUAUUUAUUUUUGGUUACAAGGUUUCCUUUUUAAUGAGAAAGAAUGUUUUCUACUUUUUUGUGUCUUUAUUGUGAGAAUGUGUCCACUGCUUUCACUGUCGUCAAAUCACCAAGGGCAGACAAAGUCGAUGCUGGAAACAACCAUGUGAAACCAUGCAGGGUCAGUGCCAGAAUGCUUUUGGUUCAUACAGUAUACGAAGAUAGCAUCAAAUAGCAUCCUGCUGAAUCGCAAUGGACAGAUACAUUGUAUUCACUAGUGUGUGCAAUCAGUGAUUGUUGAAAUCUGUAUUGUGCUUUAAUCUGGACUGCAAUCUCGCCAUUUCAGUAGAAAAUACAAGUCUCUGAACACAGAGAAGCUGAAUGUAUGCAAGGAAUGAGACACAUUUAAAGAAAUUGUUUGACAUUUUGGGAAAUAGUAGUUGCUAUUUCCCUGGAGUUAGAUGUGGAGAUUGAUGCCACUUUCAUGUCUGUUCUUCAAAUAUGAAGCUAGAGGCAGGAGACCAUUAGCUUAAUUUAAAAGACAGCUCCACUGUCCUGCACCUGUAAAGCUAUCUAAUUAAAACAUUGCAUCUGGUUUCUUUAAUCCGUACAAAAAAUGAAAUGUACCAAUACUCAAAAUCAGGGUACUGGCUGAUACCAAGUAAAGAUGUGAUACCAGUGCUCCUAUUUACUGAAAUCUGUAGGGUUAGGGUUUGAAGUUAAAAAUAACUGCAACCUAAAGAUUCAGUGUAAAUCGUUCAACUGUUGUUGGACGAGAAGCCAGAAAUACUCACGUUUUUAGUGAUAACUAGCCUACUAAACUAGCUGUAGCUACGAUUUGAAAAUGAGCGUCAGAAGAUAUAAAAUGUAGAUUGUUGAAUGAUCGUGAUUGUAUUGAAUUUUACUCAUAGUUGUUGUCAGAGGACAUACCAACAAACAAAAGUUUCAGUGUAACAUAAUAAACAUCUCUCAGAGCAGCUUUUACUGAGAAACCAGCUAAUGUUACCUGCAGGUUUUGAAAAAUUAUCUUUGCUUGAAAAAAAUAACGAGGAGAGAUGAAAGGUUGAACUUGUUACCUUAACAAAUCCAGGUACUUUGCUGACUUUAAAAAUUAAACUGGCUAUCGGAACCUAAACCUAAAAAUGUGUUAACCUCUAUGUGAGCUAACGUGAGGCUGAAACACUUUUAAAUACUAAGUGGAGACAUUCAAACACCACCACCUUUAUUGCUCAGAAGGUUUGUAAAAUUGCAUCAUUAAAAUGCAUUAACCUCAUAAUUACAGACACACCAUUACAUUUUUGUCGAAUACAGGUUGUGCUGCAGGAUUGCUAAUGUUGUGUCCGGAUACAGACCUGACAAACAGCAUUGAGCGUAUUUCCCUAAAUGUCGAAACUUUUCCUUUACGGUGACACUCAUAUCUACUCAUUCAUCCGCUGUUGCAUUGCACUGUCUCCUCCAAUGCAUUUGUUGUCCCCACGUUUGUCCCUCAUCCCACCUCUUCCCCUCAUCUCCCUGGGCUCUUGUAAAGAAAAUAUCUUAAAUAAUGAAAUAUACUGAAAAGAAUAUGUCAACCUUUCAAACUGCUCUCAAGCUAGAACAUGACUAUAUAUCACAUUUAGAGGUUCUAAUAUCACCAAUGUUUGUAUGACGUUCAUGUUGUUUAAAUUAAGAAGCGAGUGGUUUUAAUGUAGUGGUUUGGUUUGUAAAUAAUAUAGCUAUUUGGGCCCACAGUAUGCAUCACACUUACAUUUGAUGUAAGAGCACUUUUUAUCCCCACUGCUAUGUAAUACCACGUGUGGCAGUCGUACAUGUAAGUGUGUGUGUGUGAGGGAGAGGUCGAGUGUGUCUGUAUUUGUAUGUCUAUGUGUAUAUUUGGAAGAAAUGGAGAAUGUAAGCAUCUAUCUCUGUGUGAGCGAGUGCGUGUUUGUGUGCAACUGGGGUCGGCAGGUUGCUUAUGUUCUACCGAUUAUAAAUAACAUUUUUACUGUAGAUAUGAGUGCAAUUUUCCAGUCUUCAGAUUUGAUUUACAUUUUUUCUAGACCUCGUUGUUUCCUUUCUGCACUGUAACACAUGAUGAAACACAUGUAUGGUCCCCAUCUCUGUAGAUACAAACCAUGAAGCAAUCAGUAGCCAUCUCUCAUUGCGCUUGUAGUGUUUUAGUGAACUGCAUGCAAGAAGUGACUACUGUCCGCUCAUAUGGUAAUAUCAUUUUAAAGCCAAAAGAAUAAAGGAGAUAUUUUUUGUAAAUGCUUGUUUAUUUCCUCCAAUUCCUUUUCCAUCCUUGUCUUUGUUCGAUGGAUCAAAACGUUUUUGUUCUGUGAGUGACAUCCGCUCUUUGGUCUGUAAUCUGAACCUGAAGUAUGAGACAUGGCGGGAGCUUUGGUUGAACAGGAUCAUUCAUGUGGUUCAAGUACAUGUUACACUUAACUAUGUAUCAUGUUUGCAAAAUGUGACAAGUGGCAUUUUAUUUUUUUGUUAUAACCAAAGAUGUGGCAACAAAACACAAAAUCUAGAUUUCCAAAAUAAAACCU